UUGUUGCACUGCGAGGUGCAAAAGCUUUCGAUACGCAAGUAAUACAACAUGAAGCUAACAGUGGUGUUGUGUCUAAUCGUGGCUAUCCUGGUCUGCGCCAUGAUCCAGGAAUCCGAAUCGUGUCGGGGUCAUAGACGCCGUACAACAACAACUACUGCUCCUACUACUACAACACAGACAACAACAACAACAACAACAACAGCAAGCAUGGGUAGAAGGAAGCGUAAUAUUAUGGAUUUUUUGCUUUUGCCAGAAUUUGAGGAACUAUUUUGUAAUUUCCUUUAUAAAUGUGGACCUCAUAAACAUGGCGGUCAUGAAUGCAACAAUACAAUAACAACUACUACUGCUGCUACUACUACAACUAUUACAACACAAGCAACAACACAAGCAACAACACAGCCAACAAACUCAACCGCAUAGAAAGAAGCGUGAAAUUAUGGCUGCUCCGCUUUCGUCAGCAUUGACAUAAUAUAAGCACGAAUAAGAAACAAGAGUCAAGUCCCCAAACUGGUGAAGGGAAGCAAUGCUAAAGUGUAGACAUUUUAUUGUAAUAUAUACUAUAUGUUUAUGGGUUUGCCGAAUUAACGAGGCAAAUUAAUAUAUUCUGGAAUUAUAGUGUGUGAAAGAAAUAGUCUCUGUAAUGAAAAUAUAUUAGAAUAUAUAUUAUGCUUAACGCUUAA